AUGAGCUCUGAAGCUUACUCGCACAAGAUUAAUUGCAUUGUCAGGAAAGGGAAAGCAAGGGGAAAAAAAGCAGGGCAACAGCCUAGGCUGUGUACCAACAAGCUAAGACCUGCUCCAGGCAGCCAAACUUCAUUUCAGCCAUAUCUUGAAAUCUAUAGACGAGUUCUCCCCCCUGAGCAGCCCCCGACCUCCCGUCCCACGCCUCCACCCGUUGAUGUACCAGACCCCUUACCAACUGAGUUACCUGUUAUUCCCGAUGAAGAAACUCCGACUGGACCAGUGGCUACUGCACCUCUUGACCUGAGGGCCAUCAAUGUCCAGCCUCAGAGCAUCACGUUGUCAUGGAGACCACCGACGUUUAUCCCAGGCUCUCUUCUACGAUAUCAGCUCUAUGUUCAGAAGGAUGAAGAUGGCGCUAGGAAGAGGCUAGUUGAUGUUACCAAGGAUACCUUGUCUAAAAUGGUGACCGAUCUCUUACCAAACCAAGCUUAUCGUAUCUGGGUAGCAGCAGAGAAUAAUAAUGGACUUGGAGCAUCUUCUGAUGUCAUUAUAGUCACUACACCUGAUGAUACUAGAGUGACACCUGAUGAGGUAACCGACUUGCGAGCCAUCCCAAUCUCCCCCACCUCUAUGGAGUUGUCAUGGCGACCACCCUUUGAUACACACGGUGACCUGAUGAAUUACAUCAUUAGGGUAACUGAUGAGAUGAUGGGGAGCACGAUGGAGAGAGAGGUUGCGCCCUCAGACAAUAGUUUAAUCCUUGAUAACCUUGAUGUCUACACACUCUAUGAGAUGACCGUUAUCCCAUACAAUGCCAAUGGAGCUGGUGGAACCAGUACUAUUAAUGUUAGAACACCUGGUGCAAAUCCUACGGGGAUGCCCAGUAACGUGAGUGUUAACCCUGCACCAACGGUGCCCAACGCCUUGGAUAUAUCCUGGGUACCACCCCUGAUCCAUGAGCGCAAUGGAGAGAUCAUUCAGUACAAGUUACGUUACCGUGAGAGAGGAGGAGAGGCAAUACCAGUCACUGUCUUAGGAUCAGCUACUUCCUACAGAAUAGAAGAUCUUGAAAGAGAAACAGAAUAUGAAGUAAGAAUCGCCAUGGUAAAUGCUAAUGGUACUGGACCAUUUACCGAUUGGAUUGUUGGUAGAACAGAAGUUCUUGCACCAAAUGAAAAUAUACCCCCGCCCCCUCCCUCUGAAAUUGAGGUGCGAGCGUUUGCCCAUCAAAUUACCAUGCACUGGAAGCAUCCUGAUUCCGCUGUCGUCCUGGUCGAGGGUUACAUUCUAGGGUACGGGGAGAACAUACCCGACAUAACGGUUCUUGAGUUGGACAGUUCAACGCGCUAUGUUGAGUUGGACAACCUUGAAGCAAACACAAAUUAUGUGAUCAAGCUUAGAGCUUUUAACAAGGCCGGGGAAGGCGUGCCAGUCUUCAAAGACAUCAGGACGAGCACCGAUGGCAGCAGUAUUCCCCAUAUCGGAAUUGGCCUACCCCCAAGCACAGGAUUUCAGAAGACUAUGACACCGCCCUCUGGGUUGAUCGCUGAAACAGAGUCAUCUCGAGCAAUCUUGCUAAGCUGGCAUGACCCUAACCCUGGUAACACGGACGAGGGAGUCGUCAGAUAUUAUUCCUUGGUUUAUAGCACCGACAAUGGUCAAACUUACUAUUUAAAUUCCACGGAGCCCCAAUUACGAGUAUCCGGUUUAGAACCAGCUACAAUGUACGAUUUUCAAGUCAUGGUUACUGAGGGUGAAAGAGCAAGUCAAUUUUCUAUCAUUGCAUCUGCUGAAACAUUGAAUGCAGAUAUUAUCAACCGCCACCCCCACCAAGUUCCAGAUUCAGCACCUCGGUUGCUAACAGUGAGUGACUUUAACAACUCCUCUACCUCCUUGGUUGUUACCUGGCUGCCUCCUCUUCAUCCUAAUGGAGACAUUACUCGCUAUAUUCUGGUCUAUAGACCUUCAGGCACAACAAAUCCUUCAGAGAUUGUAAGGAAAGAGGUUGGAGGCGAGACACUCAUCACAUUCGUCCAUGAUCUGAAUUCAAAUUCUGAGUAUGAUUUCUCCAUUCAGGCAGUAAACUCUGCUGGUAUAGGACCUAUAUCUGAUGUUGUCACACAUAGAACUAAAGCCGCAGGUGCAGCUGCCUACCAAGUUGACGAUGUUGAGUUCCCCUGGUGGUUAUGGUUGGCUAUUGCUCUGGCUUGCCUCUUCCUCAUAGCCCUGGCCAUAGCCCUGCUCUUUUGUAUCGCCUGUGGUUGUUGUCGAUGCUGUCUGAAAUGCUGUCCAGGCUGCGGCUCCGUCUGUGAUGACAUCUAUGCUUGCUUGGAGCCUUGUGGAGCCUGUCUGGCUGGGUGCGCAUCCGCAUGUUGUCCAUGCUGUUGUGAAGAUGAAGAUGACUGCGCCAAGUGUUGGACAAAGUGCUGCUGUGGUGUGCCUUGCUUUGUAUGCUGUGGAAAAACUUAUAAGGAGAGGAGAGCGAAAGCGGAACUGACUGGUUACAAAGUUGUAGCCAACGGUAAAGGUAUUAACGCAACCAAUACCACACAGGUGGAGGGGAACCCCCCUGAUCUAUGGGCAGAUGAACUCAUGAUGAAGCAGAUAGGAAAGAAUAUGGUAGCCACACCUUCAGAAAUGGAAUCACUUAAUAAAUCAGAAAUUGAAAGUGAAACACACUUUGCAAAUCAUGCACAGCAUCAACAAGAACAUACUUCUGUCUACACCACUCGUCAUGUGUCUUUUGCUGAUCUAGCUCCCAUUAAUGAAAUCAGAGUAUCAGAGAGUUAUGUACCUGCCCAACGGAGUCAAGUUGAAGAAUCGGUUCAGAGAAGUGUACGAGCAGCUAACUAUGCAAAUGUCAAGAAGGGCGAGAAACCAAAUGUCAACAUCAACACGACCAAUGUUCGCAUUGAGGAGGUCAAGAAUGAAUACCCUGGAAAUGAUGGUUACUCUACCCUGGGCAGUAUGCAUUCUGAGAUUCCAGAGACGAGACCUCGUGAGAACUCGGACUCUCAACAAUCUGCUGUUGGUUAUCAAGAUGGUCAGAUUGUGACCUUCCCUGAUGGUCAAAUAGUGGCCAACAGCGGACUGAGACCUAAUCCAUUGACCAUCACCUUUGAGGAGACGACUACUACGCACUCGGUGGAGAAGAUGGUGCCACAGUCAGAUGGUAGCAAUGUCAAGACUGUGUCAAGUCACCAGACCUUUGCCAAGUCCUACUCCACCUCAGAUGCAUCAAGAGAUCGUAACCUACAGACCAUACUACAGGAUGGCUUAGACAAAGGACCACUAGCCAUUGACAUACCUCAGAACUCUGAACAGCCUCUCAAAGCCAUCACUGCUCCAACUGUCAGCAGCCUGAAUGAACAGUCAAGCUACCGUAACAAGUACAGUAGUUCUCAUGACAGCAGCAACGCCUCUACAGGGUUCAGUCCUGAACUUGGCAGGGAUUACAACUACAGGACUAGUGAUAGUUCCCAGAAAGAAUACAACUACAACACUCUGGACAGUGGCAUUGACACCGGAAGGGGUCAUGACUACCGGACUGGAGGUUUCAGGAUGGACCCAAGAGGAGGAAUGGUUGAAAACAGCAGCUAUGAAGAGACCCAACAUUACAUUGUCCCUGAGCACUCUCCUGCAAGUCCACCUCUAGGUCACAGUGCCAUAUCACCUACCUUCCAUGAUAACCCAAGGAUUGCCAGCCCCGUUAACCUGGGUCCUAGCCCUCCUCCUCUAUCGCCCACCAUGUCCAGGGGCCUAACUCGGGAUACUCAUCUAUCAUCCAGUGCUAUGACACUACCAACCUCGACCAGCCGUGGCCUUGGCAUGGACAACAGCAACUACAAGAGCAGCUCAAGCCAUCAGUUCAGAAGCACUUCCAAUAUUAGUGAUAUGAAUCAUGGUGGAGAUUCUCGUGGUUCAUCGACGAUGGGUGGGGUGGGGAGUUAUCAUAACAAGUGGCAUAUGGGUGAGGGUCGGAGUACUGGCACCAGUGCCUUCAGCCCCAAUCUAUCUGAGAGUAUGGAUGUUGACAGAGAGACGAGCUUUGCUAACAGUGUGUAUUCAGGUAGCAAGGGAACCAGUGACUAUGCCACUGACUCUAGAGUGCAUGCAUCCCUGUCCUCCAAUCACCAAGACGACCCCUCAUCUGCUCCCAUUUCAAAUGGCACCAGCCACUCCUACAAGUCCAAUUCCUACCGCUAUGGCUCCAGUGGCACCUCCAGUAAAGGGGGCUUGUCCACUGGGCUUGGCGGGGCUUCUUCUGGAGGAGGUAGCAUGUCGUAUGGUGGUGAUGUUGAUGGGUCUGUUGAUGGGUCUGGCAAUGGGCUAUCGACUGGUAGAGGGUAUUCCUCGAGCCACUCCAUGUCUAGGAGUCACUACUCUUCCAAUAACAAUAACUCCACGGGUGAUGUCUUCUCUGACACGGAUGCAGAGGUCGCUAGUACUAUGAGUCGUGCUAGAAGCCAAGAAGUUUUACACCAUCGUCCUCACAUGCCCCAAUCCUCUUACCUUCAUCCUCCUUCCCAUCACCUACUACCACCGCCACCGCGAGAGGGCGUCCUCCGUCGUGCACACUCUGCAAAUCUCUUCCGCGAAACCAAUGACCCAGCACUGGAUCGAGCGUAUUUAGGAGAGCUAGAUGACACGGUGUCUGAGAUAGGAAUGUCAGAGUAUGCGAGACGACAAGCCAGGGUCAUGGCUCGCGUCGAUCACACUUACAAACAACGUCUAGUUUCAAAGGCUAUGUCACUUGAUCACGUAGCCAUUCAACAAAUCGCUAAUAGAAGAGAUAAUUUGGUUAACACGCAGACCUAUGACUUCAUGUCUAAUGCUUCAACACGCUCUGCUAUGUCUGACAGACCUCCAUAUGUUUAUAGCUCAGCAGGUUACCAUAGCGAUACCAAUGCAAGCUCUCAAGAUGAGUCCGGUAGUCAAAACAGUGGUACUGCACCCCGCACCAACCCCCUCUCUAGCUUCACUGUACCUGCUCCUCCUCCUCACUAUCAACAUCCACAGGCCAAAGUGAGGAUAACUGCCCCAACAUACAGUCCAUUGAAGAGGGGUCAGCCCGGUCCUGGAAGAGGUCGUGCUCAACCCAUGGCUGUUAUUACCCCUAAAGCACCUGAUGUUACUUAUAGAGGAGUAGGUGAUGGAAACAGCCCAGGGUCAACUGUUCGCACAUUCAGUGCUGAAGAUCUCAACGCUGAGAUGAUGCACCUUGAAGGCUUGAUGAAAGAUUUGAAUGAAAUCACACAAUCCGAACUACAAAACUGAUUCCAUCUACCAUCUAUAUUAUUCUAAGUGCCAGUUAAUAUGCUGUUGUGAUGAGAGAGGAAUCAACCGUUUUUAGAGGAAAAAAGUGGACAUAAAAGAGCUAUUUUGUACAUAAUAUGAAACAGUAGAAGAUGCAAGCAUAUGUAAAUUUAAAUGCAGUUUGUCCAAUAGGAGAAUUUCUACAUGUGGAAUAGGUCAUGAAUGAAAUUGCAAUUGCUUUGUAGAGUAUAUUUCAAAGUGAUUUUGUUGUUUUAUGUUGUGCUUAUAUUUUGAAUGAGUUGUAAUGGUGGGCCAAAAAAUGUAGGGUUUAACAUUCAACUUUUUUCUCUUCAAGGAAAGAGAAGAAACUAACUUCCUGAAGAAAAUGUUCUUCUAUCUACUAUAUUGAGGAGUAGUACAUGUAUGUGUUUUGAGAUUGGGAGGUUUAUUAUUUUGUGAUUUUACAGUGAAACUCAGAUUCAAAAGCAAUUCAAUGUCCAUUGUAAAAAAAACAACUCAUGUACUAAACAUGUGUCUCUAUAUGUUUACAGAUUAAGUACCAGUUUCUAACAAGCUAGUGAUACAAAAUGUAAAAUAUUACACACUGCUAUUUAUCAUUGUUCAUAUGUGAUCCUGUAAGUUUACCACUGUGUCAAUGUCAACUCAAGAUUACAUAUCAUAAAAUCUCCAGUUAUACAAAAUAUGCAAAUAAAAAAAUAGUAUGAACAAUAACAUGUAUGUAGUUGGUGAUUAUUGUUGUUUUAGUUUUGUGUUGUAGAAAUUGCUCUAUCUAUUUGUAGAGUAAGAUAACAUGAACAUGUGCCUAUAUAAGACAAAUUUAAAGGGAGUUCAUCUUUGUGAAACCGCUGACAAGACUCCAUGGAAAGCAGUCUAAUUCUUGAUCAUAUAUGACAAAGAUCUAUUGUAUAAUUAAUUUACAAUUGACUGUACAUUGUGGUCAAUGCAAAUAAUCUUGAAAAUUUAUAUUACGAUCAGUUGCUGAGAUUUGUGUUAUGGGGAUCUGAACAUGGGAACUAAUCAGGUGAGCAUUACCAAGACAACAGCUCAUAAUUAUGCUCAUAUCAAAACCAGUAAACACCUUGUCUUGUUGGCAGGUUUCACAAUAAUGCACUACCUUAAAGUAUAGCUCUCCAAACUGUAAAUCAAUGUAGUAGGAAGUAAACGAGGCAAUCAUUUGUCAUGUAAAUGUGUAAAGGUAGCAUAUUUUGUCAUGGAGAUAUUAAUGUUAACAGGGUGCUUGUUUUUAAAUUUAACUGUGGUAUUGUUUCCCCAUGUUCACAAGUUAGGCUGAGCACAUAAGAACUCAUCGUUUGAACCCAUGUGGUGCUUGAAAUAUAUUCUUAUUUUCUACAGUUCUUUCAAAGACGUACCAAUGAUUAUCUGCCAAAAUAUAUGGCUGAUUCUAGAUGAAAGUUUGGUUUUAGUUUGUUCAUCCAGUGUAAGACUCAUAAAAGAAUUAGAUUUGGAUGAUAUUGCAGAUUGUUUUUAUUUGAGGGUUUUUUUAAUUUUGCUUUUUAAAGAAAGUAAUAUCCUCUGAUGUAUAAAAUAGGUCUAGUUUUUUUUUAAUACAAUUGGUAAUUAUAGUUUGUGUUUUAAAUAUAUAGAACAAAACUGAAAACUAAGAAUCUUAGAAAUGGUAUGACUUUUUUAUUUUUCUGUUUCCACAAAAACUCUAUAUGAGUCCAUUGUAAUCCUUCCAUUUUGAAAUAUACAUGUACAGUAUAUAUGCAAGCGUCAUGUAGAAGAGAAGUCAACAUAAUGUCCAAUAGAAAUAUACUUGAUUGCUUUGCCAGUUUGUAACUUGUAACUUUUGUUUCAAUCAAAUCCAAUGCUAUUGUUAAAGAUUGGAUUCUUACUAAUAAUCAUUGUUUAUCUUGAAUAGAUUCUUUAAACAAUAUUCUUUGAUAAACACAUGUGCAAAAUUUGCUUGACAAUAUUUCAUAGUGCAAACCCAGUUGUGUGGAAUGCCCAAUGUGAUAUUGUUGAAUAUAAUGGUUAUUCAGAUAUCACACAACCAAUUUAGUAUGAUACCUGUAUUUAACCAUGAAAAUUUAUUAAUGAUUUUACUAUAAAACCCCAUAUUAUCUAAAGUGUCAUUCAAUCCUCAUCAAAAUUGCCCAAAGUAUAUAAUGUAUUAUAAAUAUGAUUGUUAUCAAUCAAAAUGAAAAUUAGAAUGCUAUGGGUCAAACCAGACUUUCAAUCAUAUGUUGAUUAUCAUACUUGUUCUGGACAUAAAUCUCAAGUUCUUAUAAUGAAAUUGAUCUUUGGCAAAUUUUCUAAGUAUUUAAUUUUAUCUCUGAAGGAUCUAGUUAAUUCAUAUUUCCCUAUUAUAUAAUAGUUCAAAUUUUAACUUUCUUUUCAUUUUAAAAGUGUAAUAUUUAUUUUAUCAAAGAUUACUAAUAACGUAGUAAUGUAUUCUUAGAUUGAAAUAAAAAUGUUUCAUUGAGACGAUUCUGUACAAAAUGAUUUAUUAUCAGUACUCAUUUGAGUUAUAAAGUACUCACAAUAUAUUUAAUCUUUUUGCAUAUUUAUUGACGCUGAUAUUUGUUGUUAGAAGUUUGUUUGUAAUAUGGAUUUUGUUGAGUAUGGAGCUUUUGUUUUUUAUUGUAGCUCAGAGAAUGCUUAGGUAGCAAUUAAAAAACUCUUGUGCCACUACCCCAGCCAAUUAACGGUUAACAAGUAUACCAUUACCCAUUGUUAAAACAAUGGAUGAUAUUCUGCCUAGAUUAUAUCAUAAGAACCACAAAGAUGGAAUGUGGUUGUGUUCAUGCAUGGACAAGAAUGAGUGGAUUCACCUUGUUCUCUGUGUUAUAUUUCUCAAAUUUACCGUCCUUUAACAAAAAUUCAUCAAUAUGUGUAGUAAACUGAUGGUGCUUUUUGUAGGUUAACUAGGUUAUUAUUAUUUUGCAACACAAUUUAGGUAUUUCCAAACUUAACUGAUUUAAAGUGUCUAAUGUAGUACUUAUAAGAAUUAAAUUGCAUUAGAAAUAAUUCAAGAGAUUUGUACUUAAUGUCACUUUGUUUUUCAUAGAUAAAUUAAGUAAAAUUUUGAAUUGCAGCCCAAAUGUCUGAAUGAAAAAAAGACCUUAUCGUAACUUGAAUCAUUUCAUUGACUUCAUUUUGUAACGUCACUAACAAGUAAAGGUAUGUGUACAGUGUACAUGUAUAUAACAAAUAUUGCUUAUUGUUUUUUUUACCAUUUUGUAUUAUUUGACUAUUGACUAUUAUAGAAAGCUAGUUUAGAAAUAUUUUUAUUUGUGAAUGCUGCAUUGCCCAAGUUCUGCAAUAAAGAUAUUGCAUCAUUUACAGAUUAAGGUGAGUUUAUGUUCUUGAAUAAUAUUUUUAGGUGGAAUCAAUGUAUUUAUUACAAUUUAGGUUUGAGUGUCAUCAUGAAAGAAAUAUGAAGGAAAGUUUUAUCUUACUUAAACUCAGAUAUCUCUUCUGUGAUGAACAUUUUUAGUUCACUGGAGAAAUGUGUGAUCCAUUUCAUAGCACAUUUGUAGUCAUAUAAGUUAUCAAUGAAACCAUUUACCAGAAUGGUUGGAUCUUUUGUUUUACCUUAUUACAUGGUUAAGAGUGGACUGAGUAAUGUGUUGUCCAACAUAAGUAUUGAUGGGAGCUAAUAUGAUGUGACAUAUGAAUGUGUACAUAUACGUCUUCUAUUUUUAUACUGUAAAAUGAGCUUGAGCACUCGGUGUGAGGAAGAAAUAGUUAUUGUAAAUUUAAAGGUGAUUAUUCGAAAGUAACUCAAGAAACAUGCCCUUUUAUUGAAUGUUCAAUAACCAUAGAAAAUAUGUAAAGUUAAUAGACUGUGCUUCAAAUGUAUUUUGCUAUAAGGAAAUUCAAUUUCAUGUGAUUCUUGUCAUCGAUGUCCUUCCUUGUUGUUGUAUUUUUGUGGAUUUCUUGUUUUUUUUAUCAAGACCAUCUCUCUGACAUCAUUUCCUUUUCUAUAGAAACUAGACAUAGACCUGAAUCAAAUAAUAUUAUUAUGUCAUUUAUUUAACACAACCAGAAUGUAUUGUUUAACAAUAUUGGUUUGGUGAUUCAUUGUCACCUAAUGCAAUACAGAUGUCAUUAUCAGAUAAAAUCAUCCUGCAAAAAUUUACAUUCUAUAACUUGAAAUAUGUAGAAUGUUUUCUUGUUUUUUAAGUUGCAGAGUAAAUCGCUGGAAGGAUAAAGCCUCCUAUGUCAAUUGUUAGGUUUUGCUAAUAAUGAUGUUUUUGUUUUCAUGACUAGAUAAUCUAUUUCAUGUUAUCCUAUGAAAAUUCCAUAAUUCUGCAACUCUCAAAAUUUGAAAUUACUGCACCAUGUCAAGAAGAGGAUCAUCGAGUUAGAUACAGAAGGGUUUUUCACUCUUCUCGACAUCAAAAGGAUGGGUUAACUUUGUUGAUAGUAGAAAAUAUUGUAUUCAAUGGAAUGUGAGGUAUACCAUUUCUUUUCCCACUGUAUAAUCAACAAUAUUUGUAAGUUUUAGACAUAGGAAGAAGUCGCUAACUAUCUG